AUGUGCAACUUGAAAUUCGAGCCGGGCACUUUCGGCGUGGGCGAGGUAGCCAAGGCUGUCAUCUGCUUCGACAUCGCCUGCCACCUGAUGGGCACAACAGCAGUGGAUGCGCGCAAGGCAGCCAAGCUGAGCGGCAUGUCUCCGCCCGCAUACGCCCGGGCACGAGCGGCCAUUCAGAACGCUCUAGGCGUCAGGUCGCAGUUGAGCCUACCCCAGUUGGCCCUUCAGUUUGGUUGCAUGCGAGUGCUGGAGUCUACUCAACGCAACCUCCGCAUCUUCACCUCACGCUUCACAGCCUCCCUCCCAGAGGCUCGGAGGGGCGGCACUGACUUCUCCCGACCGGCGUACAUGGCAGCAGCGCUGAUGCUCACGGCCACACGCAACCAGCUGAAGAUGGAUGUGGACAGGCUGCUGGAAGCCACACGGGUGGGCAAGGACGAGUUUCAGCAGGUGGUGGCGUGCAUGGAGGCCCACUGCACAGACUUGUUUGGGUCAUCCCACAGCUGUCCCACACCCAGCAAGCCACAGUAUCAGUCCCUGCCACGUCAGCACGCACCAGUCCAGCAUCAACAACAGCAGCAUCAGCAGCAUCAAAUGCAGCAGCAGCAACAACACGACCGACAGCAGCAGCAGCAGCAGCAGCAACAACAACAGGAUCAGCAGAACCAGCAGCGUCGCAAUGACGUGCACCAAAGCUUAGAUGGCUCCUUCCGUGAGCCAACGUCCAGGGCCUUACGUGAUGCAGCGAGAGUAGAAGGUGGCGGGAGAGGUGAAGGCGCAGCAAGUGCAGAAGGGACCCGUGCGGCAGCUGAACGGGAUGGAUCGCUGCCAGUCAGACAUGCCCAGAGGGAACAGUGCACGUCCCAUGCUGACGUGGCACACCUGCACCGAAAGCAGCGCCAGCAGCAUAUCCCCGCCACUGACGUGGCAGAGCAACAGCAGAGUACUACCUCAGCUGACGUGGCACCACAGCAACAGGCUGUUGCCAGCAACAGCAACAACAGCAUGCCAGUGCUCCAAGCCAAGCUCACACUUUCAAAGAGAACCUCAGGCCCUUCAGGGAAGCUGUGUCAGGCCAAGCUGCUCUUCAAGCGCGUCAAGACUGCAGCUGCCUAG